UAGAAACAGAAGGAGAAAAUCGGCAGAGAAACCUAUGUUCUAUUGGACUUGCACUAGGCUGUUGACCUGAAAACCUUUAAUGGAGAUAUCUGUUAUUUGGGUGGUUGGAUUCUGCGUUUUGUUGGUUGACCAUGGAGUCCAAGCCUCCCAUCAAAGUAGCAGAAACCUUCAGGAAACAGACCAGCCAUACAGAACUGGGUAUCACUUUCAACCUCCUAAAAACUGGAUGAAUGGUACGACUUCACAGUUUUCAUUCUAUGUGUGUUCCUCUCUUUAUUAUUCUUUAUGGCAUUUCCUAAUCUCUGAUCUCUUCUUCUGUUGCUUCUUUUUUCUUGCACCAUUUGGCAUGUUGUAAUUGGGAAUUUUGCACUGCAGACCCCAAUGGACCAAUGUACUACAAGGGAGUAUACCAUCUGUUUUAUCAGUACAAUCCAGAUGGAGCAGUAUGGGGGAACAUUAUAUGGGCUCAUUCGGUGUCAUAUGAUCUUGUCAAUUGGGUUCAUAUUGAUCAUGCAAUUUAUCCAACGCAGCCUUCUGACAUCAAUGGUUGCUGGUCCGGCUCCACCACAAUCCUUCCUGGGGAAAAACCUGCCAUUCUAUACACUGGAAUCGACACUAAGAAUCAUCAAGUUCAAAACCUGGCAGUGCCUAAGAACCUGUCUGACCCUCUGCUGAAGGAAUGGAAAAAAUCACCUUAUAAUCCCCUAAUGACUCCUAUUGAUGGCAUUGAUCCUGAUCUUUAUAGAGACCCAACAACUGCUUGGCAAGGCCCUGACAAGAUUUGGCGAGUUAUCGUUGGAAGUCAGAUUAAUGGUCAUGGAAGAGCAAUUCUAUAUCGAAGCAAAGAUUUUGUUAACUGGACUAGAAUUGACAGCCCACUUCACUCAUCAGGAAAAACUGAGAUGUGGGAGUGCCCGGAUUUCUUUCCUGUCAGUACCAGCAGCACAAACGGAGUUGAUACCUCUUCCCAAGAUAAAUCUACUAAGCAUGUACUUAAAGCAAGCUUCAAUCAUCAUGACUACUACAUAUUGGGAAGUUAUAUGCCUGAAAAUGACAAAUUUUCGGUCGAAACUAACUUCAUGGACAGUGGUGUGGAUCUGCGGUAUGAUUAUGGUAAAUUUUAUGCUUCGAAGACAUUUUUCGACGGAGCAAUGAACAGGCGAAUUUUGUGGGGAUGGAUAAAUGAGUCUGAUAGUGAAUCAGAUGACAUCAAGAAAGGCUGGUCUGGACUUCAGUCAAUUCCUAGAACUGUUCUUCUUAGUAAAAAUGGAAAGCAAAUAGUACAGUGGCCGGUUAAAGAAAUCGAGAAACUACGUUCCAAGAACGUGAGUUUCCAUGAUAAGAAGCUGAAGUCUGGAUCAGUACUUGAAGUUCCUGGUAUAACAGCUUCUCAGGCUGAUGUAGAUGUUUCAUUUGAGUUGCUCAAUUUGGAAGAUGCUGAGAUACUAGACCCAAGCUGGACAGAUCCCCAACUGCUUUGCAGUCAAAAGAAAGCUUCAGUCAGAGGCAAGCUUGGGCCAUUUGGAUUAUUAGCCUUUGCCACCAAGGACUUAAAAGAGCAAACUGCAAUCUACUUCAGAAUAUUUAGAAGCAAUCACAAAUAUAUUGUGCUCAUGUGUAGUGAUCAAAGCAGGUCUUCUGUAAGAGAAGAGCUUGAUAAAACCACGUAUGGAGCUUUCGUAGACAUGGAUCCUCGCCAUGAGAUUAUUACACUGAGAAGCUUGAUUGACCACUCAAUAGUUGAGAGUUUUGGUGGUGAAGGAAGGGCUUGCAUCACUACUAGGGCUUAUGCAAAGCUGGCAAUUCACAAGCAAGCAUACCUAUUUGCAUUCAACAAUGGUACUUCAAGUGUCAAGAUCUCAAGGCUUAAUGCCUGGUCCAUGAAGAAUGCUCAAAUUGUUUCUACCACGAAACGAAGGAAGCCACACCUUUAGUUUGAAGAGCUAUUGUUGUAAAUGAAGCAGAGUUAGAUGACAUAAAAAGCAAAACAACAAACAAAUUUCUUCUUUUUCUUUUGAAGUGUUAACAAUUCUUGAAUUUAGAUUUAAUUUUUAUCCGAAUUUCCUUUUUUUUUUUU